CUUCCUUCAGGAGAUUCCUCCUAUCAUUAUCAGUGCCCAGGUGGUCCACCUUAUCCGCGGGCGUGAACUUUUCUAAGCAAGGAAACAACACUUGUUGCACAAUGGAGCAGCAAUUUAAUUUCUCAGAAGGUAAUUUUUCAUUCCCAAUAAUAUCAAAGGACUUCCCUGAUGUGGUACACGGAAUACACAUGAUACAGAACGAAUUUCGAAUUCCUCUAAGUCCUGAAAGUGGUUCUGAAGUGGUCGACUUUAAUUUCAAUGCUACUGGAACUGUUCCAAAUGUUUCUAAAAUACCAGAAAUUUUUUCUUCUCCUUAUGAUCAACUGUUCGAUAAUUUAACACGAAAUCUUCUCAAUGGCUUCAUUGCCCUUAUUUGCAUUUUAGGCCUGGUGGGAAAUGGAACGACGAUUUAUCUCCUAGCCUUUUCCAUUAAGAGGAAUCCUUUCACCACUUUCAUCCUGAAUCUCUCCAUCGCUGAUUUUGGGGUCAUCAUAUCCCUCAUUACUGCAGCUAUAUGUGCGUCAGUGUUUACUCUGAGUCACCAAACAUACCGUAUCAAUGCCUUUUUCUUCUUACUUUUUGAGUUCUUUUUCUUCACUUAUUCUGCCAGCCAGUUUCUGCUGACGGCCAUCAGCCUGGACAGGUGUGUGGCUGUCCACUUCCCACUCUGGCAUCGCUGCCAUCGUCCUCCAUAUUUAUCCAGACUUGUUUGUGGCCUCAUCUGGAUCCUCUCCUUCCUGCUCUCUAUGGUGCACUUCAUCCUCCACCAGACCAGAACCUAUGGAAGUUCACCUUUGUUUUACCAGCUGAUUGUGAAUGGUUUACUUUGUACGCCUCUCAUGGUUGUGUCCACUGUGACCCUCUGGAUUCAUAUGAGAUCUAAAAUGCAACGCAAUCAAAGGAAACUGCUCACCACCAUCUUGCUGGCUCUCCUCUUCUUCCUCCUGUUUUCUCUCCCAAUGAAUGUCUUUUAUGGCAUUAAAUAUUUUGUUUCCUAUAAUCCCCUCCUCCUGACCAUUGGGGUAGGAUGUGCCACUCUCAACAGCAGCAUCAACCCUCUUCUUUAUUUCUUAGUGGGGAGGAAGAAGAGAGGAAAGGAUCAGCACAGAGCAUCUUACAAGGUUGCUCUGCAAAGAAUCUUUAAGGAUGAGACGGGAAGCACCGAAGAGCAGGAAACCACAAAUGAAAGCCAAUUUGCCCCACGUGGUCCACCUUAUUCACGGGCGUGAACUCUUCUAAGCGAGCAAACAACACUUUUUGCACAAUGGAGCAGCAAUUUAAUUUCUCAGAAGGUAAUUUUUCAUUCCCAAUAAUAUCACACGACUUCCCUGAUGUGGUACACGGAAUACAC